ACUCAGAAUAAAAACGAAAUAGUUAAUUUAUUUACCUACCACUUUGUUUAUUUAAAUGAAAUGUAUAUUAGAUAAGUUUAUACACGGUUAUGUAAAUCUUAUCUAUUACCACGUAAAUCAUUCUUCCAGUUCAUUGGAGUCAUACACACCCUAUUUGCAUUGAAAUAAUUGAAUAACCUCAAAAUGUUUAAGGGCCUAGUAGGUUUGGUAACGGGGGGUGCGUCUGGCCUCGGUAGGGCCACCGUGGAGCAGCUACUGAAGCAAGGCGGCCGGGUGGUGGUCUGUGAUCUGCCCUCCAGUGGGGGCCAGGAACUUGUCAAGCAGUUGGGUCAGGACGCUGCAUUUGUUCCCGUUGAUGUGUCAUCUGAGCAAGAUGUGAAAAAUGCCUUGCAAGUGACAAGGGAUAAGUUUGGUCGCCUCGAUGUGGCCAUCAACUGUGCUGGGGUCGCCACUGCCUGCAGAGUCUACAAUUUCAAGAAAGACAUCCCGUUUGACCUCAAAAUGUUCCAAAAUACUGUCAAUGUGAACCUUAUAGGAACAUUCAAUGUGAUUCGCCUGGCUGCUGGCAUGAUUGGCAAGAAUGCACCCAACGGUGACGGACAGAGGGGCGUCAUCAUCAACACAGCCAGUGUUGCCGCUUAUGAUGGACAGAUCGGGCAAGCAGCAUAUUCUGCCUCGAAGGCGGGUGUCGUCGGCAUGACGCUGCCGAUAGCCCGGGACCUGGCCAAGCAGGGCAUCAGGGUCGUCACUAUCGCACCAGGUCUAUUCCGCACACCACUUCUGGAGCAGCUGCCAGAACCAGCGAUCAAAGAGCUCGAGUCAAACAUCCCGUUCCCUUCGCGCCUCGGCCACCCUAACGAAUUCGCACUUCUAGUCCAGAGCAUCAUCGAGAAUCCAAUGCUAAACGGAGAAACCAUUAGGCUCGACGCCUCUAUAAGGCUGAAGUAAUCGCCGACAGGUCGCUUUUUGUUUUUCCAUUCCUACUGUCACUAAACUUGAGUUUUGAGGUUAAGUUUCGAGUGGUCAUGGUCUCCUGAGUUUGUAAAUACAUAAGUGGUGCUUAUUUAAUGAUAGGUUGAAGGGUUUCUGUAAAACUGUCGGAAUCCUAUUUGUAAUGAAUCUUUUAUUUAAGGUUAAUUAGUUUUCCAAUAAGUAAUGAAACUUUAAUCUCAAACACCUCCAAGUUUAGGUCACAGACCAUGCUUGC